AUGAUGAGCGAUUGGAAAACUGGAGUUGCAGUCUCUGUCAUGGUCUUUGGGGUUGCGACCCCCAUCCUCCAACAUGUCUGUCUGCACCUCUCGUCCAAGUGUCCAAGGACAUCUCCAACCACAAGAGAGUUCUUGGUGCAGGAUAAGGAUAAGGACGUGUUCGCAACUCCUUAUCUCAAGUAUCUGCCAGCUCGCAUUGUUGCCAAUCUUCUCAUGAUGGCAGUUUCCAUGAUUCCAAACCUUGCACUGUUCACCUUCACUGUUGGGUUCCCUCUUUAUUUCAUUCGCAAUCUUGCGGGACCUUACUUUUACCAUUCAUUGGCCAUAUUGUCUCUCUUUUUGUUGGAAUAUGCCUGGAAGCUAUACAAAGCACCCCGGACGGAGCCCAGCGAUGAACUCCCCGCCAAGGAAAAGAAGAAGGUCUGCAUCAUUGGAGGGGGCUGUGCAGGCCUGGUGACGGCCAAGGAGCUAGCAGCCGAGGGUCAUUGUCCCAUCAUUUUUGAGAAGACGGCUAGCAUUGGAGGCUUGUGGCAAAGAGGUGAAGGUGCUUCUCAACGAACUGCACUAGUCCUCGAAGAAACCUACACUUCUUCCUCAGCACUCAACACUGCAUUUUCCGAUUUUCCUAUUCAACCUGAGUUUGGUGGCAAUGAAACUUUCUGUAUGCAUCAGGAGGGGUUUAUGAAGUAUGUAGAUGCAUAUGCUAACCACUUUGGAUUGAAACAGUACGUCCAGGUCAAUACAGAAGUCUUGACCGUUCGACGAAACACAUGUGAUAAAUGGGAGGUCGCCGUGCUUCAGAACAAACAACACAUUACCCACGAGUUUGACGCUGUUGCCGUUUGUUCGGGGCAGGCUAAUAUGCCAAACAUUCCCAAGAUCCCAGGGCAGGAGCAUUUCAAGGGUCGUAUCCGCCAUUCCACGGAGCUUCGCGACCCAGAGCAAAUGGCACAGAUCUACAAUGGGAAGCGAGUUCUUUGCAUUGGCCAUGGAGAGACCGCAUCGGACAAUGCCCAAUCUGUGGCCAAGUCAGCCAUUCAAUGCGACCUGUCUAUUCGCAACGCGGUUUUGGUCCUUCUGCGCAACUCACUUGGUGCCCACCCGGAUUAUGUCGAGCACAGAAGCAUGCAUUCUUGCCCACCUUGGCUCCGUUGGGCCACAUAUAUGCUUGCUUGUGGCUUCAUGUUCAUGUUCAAUUGGGCCUUUGCAAGGGUCUAUGAUGGCAAGGUGUAUCAUCUGCCAAGCUGCAUUCACCAAUACAGGUUGCUGUUCACGCCAAAGUACCUGUGGCAUUGUCUUACUGGGAAGCGCUCCAUCUGUGCCUCUGUACAGGUUACCAAGAGCGAAAACUUUCUUUACAUCAUCAAUGGCAAGACAUCCAAAGUCAAACCAGAGGUAGGCCAUAUUGACAAAGUGGGAAAGAUCAUCUUUCAGGAUGGAACCUCUGGAGAUUAUGAUGAGAUUCUCUUGAACACAGGUUUUCAGCCCAGUAGAUUUCCUUUCCUGGCUCCAGGAUUUGACAGCAAUCCACGGGAUGAUCGAUUCCUGGCUAUGAUUCACCCGCAGCUUCCUGACAUGGCCUUUAUCGGUUUUGCUCGUGGUCAAGUUGGUGCUUUGGUCCUUGGGUUUGAGAUGCAGGCCAGGUGGUUCGCCUUGCUGGUCUCAGGAAAGCGCAAUUUGCCCACGGUAUGUGAAAUGAAGAAAGUGAUUGCAAAGGACCGCCUGGAGAAAGACUGCACCCAAUACACGAGGGGCACGUGGUUUUAUGCAAACUAUUUGGCCCGGUUUUAUGUCAAGUGUGAGCCAAAUUUUGUCCAAUUCUUCUUGGAGCAUCCGAUUGCUUGUCUCAAGGCAUACUGCUCGGCUCCUACUGGAUAUCAAUACCGCAUACGAGGACCCCAUGCCGAUCCAAAGGCUGCAGUGGAGGGUUACCGGCUGUCAAAUUCUGCGAUCCUGUAUCUACCUCCUUCUUGGGCAUUGAACCACUUCUUCUGGCUUCUUUCUGGCUUUGCCUGCGAGUAUCUGUGGUCUCGCCUUCCUUUGCUUGGGCCAUUCUUUCUCCCCGCCCUGGCUCAGUAUCACUGA